AUGUCCACAUGUGAUCCUGGUUGCAUGGAUGAUGAAUACAUCUCCAGAUGCUGCCUCCAAGCUGCACUCCCUUCUCUGGAAGAAACAUUUGAUCUUCUAAGCUAUGCUAGAAAAAGAAUCUCCACUAAUACUGGUGUACAGGUGCAAAAGGAGGGUCCGUGUGGAACACCAUCACAAUUGUUGACCGAGGUGCUGGAAGCACUGGAUAGACUAGCAACAUUUGAAAUGGCAUUUGGAAUUGAACGAUUUAGUGGCACUCAGUGGCAGUACUUUGUUUCUGCUGAUCUCCUUGUUGAGCUGGCAAAAUGUCUGCUAUCUAGUAACGUCACAAGUGCUGUGAUCAUUUGGAGAAGACAUCAGAGUCAAUUUAUAGACCAGUUCAGCAUAGAAAAGCUGGAGUCCCUACUUGGCUCAAUUUCUCCAGGUUUACCUUCACACACCAUUAUUCCUUGGUUACAAGAUGACCUUGUGCCAUUCGUCAGUAAGGUUCAGCCACAAGGUUUGAGGAUGUUGGCCAGUUGGCUUGAACAAAGAGCAAGACAUAUGGAGCUUUCUGAGAAGGAGGGCUGGCCACAGAAUGCUCUGCAACUUGCCAGUGUCCUACUGUCAGCAUCAAAGACCGUGUCAGGAAGUGCUUCUGGAAGAGGGCUUGCAACACCAGCACAGUUUGCUGACCAGGCCUGUGGUCUUCCUGCAACAGCCAGAACCCUUUUAAACCAUGGGAGAAGCAACUUGAAUGUUAACGAUGAAUUGUGCAGCUUGAUGAAAAUGGUGCAGCAGCUGACUGACCUCGUUGACCUGCACAACAAAUACUGCUGUAAAAUAACUCUUGCUGAAUUUUCUCAGUGCCUGUCAUCACUGCAUUUAAUUUCCACUCAGGAAACCACUGCUACCAUUGUUUUUCGCCUGCUGGACCGCGUGGUGGCUGCUGAACGCAUACCAAAUGCCAUUGCCAAGUACAUAGCUCCUUAUAUGGUUCAUCACAGUCUUGAUAGAGACACCAUGCUUUUGCGGUACAUAGAGGACUUGUUUGACAAGAGUUCUGGGUCCUACUCAUCAUUGUCUAACUCCUUAUGGGAGGCCAGAGUGAUUGCAGUCAUUUCUUGCAUCAAAGAAAAAGAGAUACGUUGCAAAGCUACUUUGGAGGUAAUGCGGCAUGCGAUGAUUCCUUGGAGUGAGAGUGUUGAAAAACUGGUUACUGAGUUCAUGGCAGCCUAUCCAAAUGACAUCGACCUUAAAGAGCAGUAUCGACUUGUCGAGCUGAAAAAGAUGCUUUCCCAGUAUGGAAUGAGAAGCUUUCAUGUGUCCUAUGCUGCACGGGCUAAGGCUAUAGCGAGAUACAUCUUAACAAGAGACCAGCCAACUGUAAUGGAAGAUGCAUUGAAGGUGGUUACUUCCUACAGUCAUGUCACUGAAGAUGAAGCUUAUGUAUUUCGACUUCAAAAAUUAUGUCUGGAUGAGAAGAUUCCAGCCUGUUUGGAGCUGCUGGAGUCACUUGCAUUACAACAGGUAGAAAAAUAUGCACAUGAAUUGGUAACUUGGCUCUGUGGGAUUCUAGAGAAAGACCAAAGUGACAACCAGGACUGUAAUUCAGAGAAGAUAGCUGCUGCUCAAGCAGGAGUAGCAAUUUUGAAGUUCAUGAAAAAGCAUGAUCUCUCCUCCUUUGUGCAAGUGGAUGAUUCUCUUUAUACACUGCAAAUGAUAUCUGCCCUUCAGAAAGAAUAUUCAUUAUUUUUAUCUGUGGAGGAGUACCAGAUUCCUGAAAUCAGGAAUGGGCUGUUUGAUCAAUAUCUACAGCAAUAUUUAGGAUACAGCGACAAUAACGUUCUCAAUGAUGGAGAUGAAAAGAAGGAUCCACAAAAGAUUAGCAACGAGGUACUCUUUGGGGCAAAAGAUGUCAGUUUGACAAAACUAUUUAGACUUGGUGAGCUGGUGGGUGUAUCAAGGGAAGAAGUAAGACAAGAGUUGAUGCUGAAAGCGCUGUCUAGAGGCGAUGUAUCUUAUGCUCUAAAUAUGUGCAGAGAGCUAACUGACAAAGCUCCAUGUGAAUCAACUGCUUGUUCCUUGUACAAAGUGGCCCUCAAUCUCUGUGAGAAGCUAGCAGAAGGACAGUCCAUAGUCACUGACAAAAACAAGAAUAUAUGUGAUGUGACAUACACUAUACAUCAGCUUCUGUGCCAAGCCACAACACACUGUUCACCUGAAUUGUUGUGUGACUGUGCUGAACUGUGCAAGUGUUGUCGUCUGACAGACUGUGUGUAUUCACAGUGCGAGAGUGGAGAUUAUGGAUUUUCUGUUCAGUCAACUCCAGAAAAUUCCAGCCAGGGUGCAUUUAUCGAAUGGACAUUUGGUCAAAGAUUUAAAGAAGACUGCCUAGUGUUGGACUCCUUUGUUGCUCUGCCGUUGGCUGCUAAAGUUAGCAUGGCUGCUGUUCCUGGAGGUUCCAGUCCAGGUAAACAAGGACCAUUCUACCAAACCAGAGUGGCUGGAAGAUCACAACUCGGCCAAGAUUCGAAGGUAGUUGAAAGUGCCGAAGUGGAGAAUCAACCCUCACAUUUAAUGUUGACCAGUGCUGCUGGACUUAAUGUGAUAAGACACUUACAUGAAAACAGCUUGUGUGAAUUGGCCUUGCAGUAUUUACUUCAGACGCUUGGCCUUUGUCUUCAACACUUUGCGGCAAACAACAUGCUAACAAGGAGUAAAGAAAAGGAAGAAGAAAGAAGCAGUCAGAUUGAAAAACAAAGGCUAGCUAAAAUUGCUACAAUGGGCAUUAAAAUGAUCCAUGAACUUUGUGGAAACCUCUUGAGGAAGGUAUUCAACUGCAGAUCAGUAGACCAUGAUGUAGGACUUGGCUAUCUCUGUUCCAUUCCGAAACAGACUGCUUUUCAGUACUUGGUGACCGGGACCAAUUUUCUGGGUCAGAGCUGUGCCAAGAUUCUGGCCUUUGCCAAGGUUGGUAUGGACUACGCUCAACUGAGCAACGAGCCUGCUCUACUUGAAAAGUGUCAGGAAAUAGCGACCAAUGCAACUUGGGGAAUAAAGCUUGGAAGGCUUAAGAUGUCGCUGAAGGAUGUCUACAAAAGUGAUCGAGAGGAGAAGUUAGCUAUUCUACCAGAGCUGAUGCAGAAGCAACAUAUAAGCCUUGAACUGAUCCUGGAGUUUUGCAGGGCAUUUAAAUUGGACGAGGAUAAUGCUUUGUUGACAUACGUAAAGCAGCAGUUGAUCCCACCGACCCCUCCCUCGACGUGCACCUCUCCCCUACUGUGUGCACAAGACAGUAUUGAAGAGCUGCCUUAUCAAAGGAAUGUUAGGAAAGUGGUUCAUAAGAUCUCGUGUACAACUUCACUUCUUAAACUACUUGUGCAAGUAGGCUCUAAGGUAAUCGAGUCUUCUGUUGUUUACCAUACUAAUAAUGUUUUAUGCAAACUNUUUUUUUUCCCCUGUGCUACUUGUCAAACGGACAAACUAACUUCUAGUCUGUCACAGACCACAUUGGACAAUGAGAGACCACUGUCUCCACUUUCAAGAUCCAGGCUUCCAUAUCAUUCUCUACUCUAUGGUGAUCCCUGGAAAGUUCUGGCCCCAGAGCUGUCUGAGGAAACAGUUCCCAAACUCCUGGGUAUUGCCAAUUUGCUGAAGCUUUCCAGUGAUAAGAUGUAUCUAACAGCCAUCCGUAACCUGGCGCGACCUUCAACUGGUUCAACAGCCCCUAGUGUUCCCAGUGAUCCUAAAAUAAGCCAAGAGAGUGCAGGAGAAGAACCAGGCCAAUUGGCGAAAACUUACAAUAGUGAAAAGGCCAAAAGUAUGCUGUACUCUAUCAAGGACAAGGAAAUGGCAAUUGCUGCCGCCAAGUGGAUUGCUCAGCAGCUGCCUCUUGGUGAUGAAAAAAUAGAUAUACUUUAUACCUGCGUAGACUUAGCAAAGACCUGGAAGGCAACAUGUUCUCAGAAGGAUGAAGAGAAGGCAAAGCUUACUUACACCCGCUUGUUGGAGCUGUGUCGCGGAGUGGCCACUGAGCACGUGCUUCAGAAAUACAACAUAUCAGAUGCUUCCAUUGCUUCUUUAACCAGUAAACCAGCUAAGCUCAUUUGUCAACUGUAUGAAAAUUAUGGGGCUAGGGAACCAGGGACUGCCCACCAACCACCAGACAUCCACAAAGCUACCGAAGAAAUUGCCAGCGUAAACAAUACCAAAAUAGAGAAGAUCAGGCUGCAUUUGAUAGAGAAAUGGCUUCCUUCCUCCACUCAUACAUCAGGAGGGGACUCUGAGUUUGUCACACCUGCCAGUGAUGAGAACAGUGAAAACGAGGAAGAUGAACAGAACUUGAGAAGAUGUAUUAGAAAUACUGGUUCCCCGAGUACUUGCCGUCUUCGUGCACUACGAGCUCUCUUCGCCAUUGCGCCUGGAGAGUUUAUUGAAAAACUUUGUAACACUUCAGUCAGCGUUAUCAGACAGCAAAUGCAGGCGCUAGUUUGUCUGGCGGAACUUGAAGGUCUACACAUCCAGCAAUCAGCAAGCACCUUUGACAAGUGCAACAAGGAGGGCCUGGUGCGAGGGCUGUGGAGGAAUCACAAACACGAGAAGAAGGCCGUUCGUCUUGUAGCAGACCUGUGUCUGGACAAUAACAUACAUGAUUCUCAGCUAUGGAACAGUGUCCUACAGCAGCUGUUGACAUUUAGAAUGGUUAGUUCUCAUUUAAGGAUUCGUUUUCAGUGUAGUCGCUGCGACACACUGCUGGAGACGAAAUGUGUAUCUGACGUCCUAACUCAGCUGGACGAACAACGGAAGCGAGGACGCACGCUAACUCAGGCUGAUAUUACACUGCUGGAGACGAAAUGUGUAUCUGAAGUCCUAACUCAGCUGGACGAACAACGGAAACGAGGACGCACGCUAACUCAGGCUGAUAUUGUUGAACAGGAAGUGUUCAAAUAUGUCGAGCAAAAACAAGAGUAUGAAGUAAGUGCUGUGGAAAGCUUCAUUUACCAGCCUGUCGUAACGGUUGAGGAAAAGAUCCUCCUUAAUACAGCUUAUUUUGACAAGCUUCUGAGAUUCCUUAUCACGAACAAAACUAUCUCUGGCAUUCUACUCAAGACAAUUCAAGCCAACAGGUUGGAAAACGCUACACAGCUUGUUCGGCUGUUUCAUCAAGCUCACCCUGACUUGCCCUCGUCCAAAUAUGUGGCUUCUCAGCAGAUGACGGGAUUUGACGAACUUUGGGCCUUCCUAGAAAUGCACGGUAUGUUAGAAGCCUGUCUUCCGUUUCUACCCAAGGUGGACGCUGACCUCGACGAUGAGCCCACAGAACAGCAGUCCCAGUCCCUAUGGGUUGAGGAAGCAGAAGAAACAAUGGAACAGACAAAUAUUGAAGAUCAGCGUGAUGAUUUCAUGAUCACGCUUACUGGAGACUGUAGUGUGGAGAUUCCACUCUAG